UCAUGUGACGCAGGACAGAGCCAACAACACAGCAUCACCAGGAAAAUGGAGGCAGGGCACGCAUAGAGAAAUACACACAAACACAGUUUCAGCAUCACUGGCUAGAAAUGAUGCUCUAAACAUUAACAACAAUUGAAAAGAUGAUAUUUUGUGAUAUGAGAAAGUAGUGAAGUGUGGUUUGAAAAGGAAUCAGCAAAAUCUUCAUUUCCCUGAUAUAAAGGCUGCUUCCAGAGGAGGGAGAUAUGGAUUCUUCCUGCACACUUGGUGAGGAGAGAACAUCUCCUCCCAACUCACUUCACAUAAGUGGAGCUGGUGGAGGUUUGGGUCACCGCAAACGCCGCACCCUUGUAGCCCCAGAUAUUAACCUGUCCUUGGAUCAAAGUGAAGGGUCCCUGCUUUCUGACGAUUUCCUGGAUACACCCGAUGAUCUGGACAUUAAUGUUGAUGACAUUGAAACUCCUGAUGAGACAGACUCCCUGGAGUUCCCAGCCAACGGCAAUGACAUGGAAUGGGAAGAUGACACGCCAGUGGCCUCAGCCAACUCGGGGCCUGUAGAAGGGGCUGAAGAUGAGGGGGAUGUUGGAAAUGGUCGUUUGUGGAGGACUGUCAUCAUUGGCGAGCAGGAGCACCGUAUUGACAUGCAGCUCAUUCGGCCAUACGUGCGUGUCAUAUCUCAUGGAGGUUACUAUGGUGAAGGCCUGAAUGCCAUCAUUGUGUUUUCAGCUUGCUAUUUGCCUGACAGCAGCUGUCCAGAUUACCAUUAUAUCAUGGAAAACCUCUUUCUGUAUGUAGUGAGCAGUCUGGAGAUGUUGGUGGCAGAGGACUACAUGAUAAUCUAUAUGAAUGGAGGAACGCCACGCAGCAAGAUGCCUGGUAUCAGCUGGCUGAAAAAGUGCUAUCAGAUGAUUGACAGAAGACUGAGGAAGAACCUCAAGUCUUUGAUCAUUGCACAUCCAUCCUGGUUCAUACGCACAGUCCUGGCCAUCUCCAGACCCUUCAUCAGCGUGAAGUUUAUGAACAAAAUCCGCUACGUGCACAGCUUAGAGGAACUGGAACAGAUCAUCCCCAUGGAGCACAUCCACAUCCCCGAGUGUGUCAUACAGUAUGAUGAAGAAAGGAUCAAAGCACGAAAAGAACGGAUGGAAGAAGAGGGGGAGCAUCAGCUGCAAGAAAAUCAAGAGUCAGCCCAUACAGAUGGACCAUCAGCAACAACCACAACAAGAGUAGAAGAACCAGUCCUGUGAGAGACGCCUUUCCAUAAAAGUCACUCUUAUCUGCUGACCUAAAUCCAGCUUCCACUUUCACUGGCCUGCUCUGGUCUGUAAUCACACAAUUCACCCACUGGUUCCAGGUCAGCAUAAAAGGGUCUCUUCUAUCACAGGUUUCUUAAAACUCCACCACUAGGCGGCACUCCAUCCAGAGAAUGAUUGCUGUAUUCAGUAGCAGGAUGUAUGUAACCACGACCAGUGUAUGUUCGCUACCGCAGCUUCCCAGUUAAUGACCGACCCUGAUGUCCACUUUCUGGCCAGUGCCAUCUUAAAGAACAUGCUGUCACCUACCUAUACAAAUCAUAUGUGAGUUUGCUCAGGAGAGAUUCUUUAAAGCGAUGCAUGCAAAGUUGACCUUUCCUGUCUGUGUGUACACAUGCCCAGCUUGAAUGUGUUAUUAAACUCUGCUGCUUGUUCAUAUGGCUAUUUCAUGUUUUGAUUUUUUAAAUGUUUUGAAUGCUUUCUUCCUCCAACAGUAUUGUGGUAAAUUAUUGCUUUUUAAGUUCCACAGAAGUGCAAACCAAUACGUCCUGGAGAAUAUGGCUUGUCACAGAUUUUGUUCGAUGGUAAUUUUAUGUUGCCUUAAGUUCUGAAUGUCAAAGUUUCAAAAUUAAACAGUAGUAUAUGAAUGA